AUGGCUUUUGAUGAAAUUCUACAUCAUGUAGGUGACCGUGGAAGAUUUCAGAUUUGGAUGAUUGUUGUUCUCAACAUUUUAUCUAUGGUGUCAUCUCCUCAUGAUGUCAUGGAGAAUUUUACAGCAGCCAUUCCUGCUCAUCACUGCAGUGUAAACCUUCUUGACACUUCAAGAUCUGAAAUUAGUAUGGCCAUGAACUUGACUACUGAAGCUAUGAUGAAGAUCUCCAUCCCAAUGGGCCCAAAUCAGAAACCUGAACAAUGCCGACGCUUUAGGCACCCUCAAUGGCAAUUCAUAGAUUCCAAUAUAUCAACUUCUAACAGCACUGAGCUAGAGACUGAGCCUUGCCUUGAUGGAUGGACGUAUGACCACAGUGUCUUUACUUCUACCAUUGUCACUGAGUGGGAUUUAGUAUGCGAUUUUCAGUCAUUCAAAUACUAUGCACAAGCCACCUCUUUGGCAGGGCAUUUUGUGGCUGCUCCUCUCUGUGGCAUUAUUUCUGAUAGGUUUGGAAGAAAGCCAUUGUUGAUAUAUUGUUCCUUAGCCUAUGGGAUUUUGGGGACCUGCUGUGCCUUUGUCUCCAAUUUCUCCUUGUACUGUGUUUUGAGAUUCCUGUUAUCUGCCUCUGCAAGUACUGUUGGGAUGAACAGUCUUAUUCUUGUUUUAGAAGAAACAUCGGUACAGUGGCACGCCACAGUCAUAGUACUCAGUGGACUGUUCAGCAGUACUGGCCAGGCUGGGCUUGGGGGACUAGCAUAUGUGCUUUCAGAUUGGCACUUAAUUCAACUUACAUCUGCCUUGCCCUACUUCAUCUUUUUUAUUUUGUUCUGCUGGGUACCAGAAUCAGCCCGGUGGCUCAUGAUUACAGGAAAAACAGAUCAAGCAUUGAAGGAACUCCAGAGAAUUGCCUCCAUCAAUGGGAAGAAAGACAUUGCACAAAAUCUAACCACUGAGGACUUGCGAUCCAAAGUUAAGGAAGAUGUGUGUUCAACUGUAAAGCAUUUCAGAAUAAAGGACAUCAUUAUUAAUCCCAUGAUACGUAAAAUCGUGCUUUGUUAUUCCAGUGUACUUUUUGCAGAACUUUUUAGCAUUUUUGGCCUCUUGUUGGAUGUUCACAUGUUGGGAAAGAACAUAUUCGUGACCCAGAUUCUCCUAGGAGUGAUAGACAUACCCAGUAAAUCACUCACAUAUUUUAUAUUAAGAAAUGUAAGACGUCGUCCUUUAAUUGCUUUUUUGCUCUUUGCAACUGGAGGUUGUAUUACCAUCACCAUAUUUCUCUCUGAAGACAUGUAUGUCUUGCGUCUUGCUAUUUUCAUUUUGGGAAAAGGAUGUUUCGCAGCUUUCAUUUCUAUAAACACAGCCUACUGCAAUGAACUUUCACCAGUACCACUCAGGUCAACUCUAAGUGGUAUUUAUAUAUCUGUUGCUCGAUUAGCAUCAGUCCUGUCUGCACUAACACUUGUUACUAGAAAGUAUUUUGUACAUCUUCCCAUGAUUUUCUGUGGAGUCCUACCCAUAGUGGCAACAAUCAACAUCUACUUUCUGCCAGAGACCUUUAAUCAUCCAAUUACUGACACUAUCAAGGAUAUGGAGAAAAGAUUGAUGAGCAAAAACAUCAGUGAAAAAGAAGGGCAAGACUUCUUAGAAACUACCAACUGCUAA